CAUUAAUGUCUUUCAUGUCUCGAAGAUCUUCGCUGAUGUCCUAUAUUAUAAGAAGAGAGACACACCCUGCCGUAAAAAGACAAUUCCUAGACAAAAUGAUCCCAAUCUGUCGACGAGAAUCUUAAUCUUUAGAACGAGAGUUGUUGAGACUUCUCAACAGAGGAUAUAUAUCUGCCACUUGUCAUCUCUGUUCUUCAAAACAAAGUCCGUGAUAGGACAUAAAGAUGAGGAGUUUUCACAAUCUGUCGAGGAGUGUGUGAGGUGCAUCAGCAGUACGUCUGGAUAUUAGGAGAGGUAUAGAUGAAUGCAGCAAAUAAUUAACAGCAAACAUUUUACAUCCGAUCCGGCUUGGUCUGGGUAUAUGCAGAAUCUUAGGGCGUAACGGUUCAGGAAUAAACAUAUUACGCCGCUUUUGGUGGCGUUUAUUCCUAAACUGACACCGAGCGACC